CUCAUACUGCUGGAUGUGAGAGCGGAGCUGCGCCCGGCAUUCGCACUCUGCUGCUGACAGCACGCACUUGAUGUAACUAUUUAAAACUGGCUCUUAAAGUCAGAUGCAAGACAAGAAUCGAUUAGAAUAAAUAAAAUAAACUUUGACUUUUGAUUCAGUCAAGUGAAAUUCUUUAGCAUCCUGCAUAGUUCGAGAACGCAGAACGCUUUGGCAUAAACGAGUAUGGACAGUUUCAGCAUGUUCGCGGAAAAGAUGCUAAACAUCAAGAAGUUGUGGAUAUAAACGGACAGAAGAACUGUGCUCAUUCGUAAAAUCCUAUGGCUUGAAGUUUCAGGCUUCUUCACUGGCCACAGCUCAUGGAUUUCCUCACGGAGUAUCCCUACAAUGACACUUAUUAUGACAACAGGACCGGGGCACUCAACAGCACAAGCUGUGAGGCCAAGCAUCAGUAUAACUACUAUGCCAUGCUCCUGACUCUCCUCAUCUUUGUCAUUGUCUUCGGCAAUGUGUUGGUGUGCAUGGCUGUCUCCCGAGAGAAAGCGCUGCAGACCACCACUAAUUACCUCAUUGUCAGCCUGGCGGUGGCAGAUCUUCUUGUGGCCACAUUAGUUAUGCCCUGGGUGGUGUACCUUGAGGUGGUGGGGGAGUGGCGUUUCAGUAAAAUCCAUUGUGACGUGUUCGUCACCCUGGACGUCAUGAUGUGCACAGCCAGCAUUCUUAAUCUGUGCGCCAUUAGUAUUGACAGGUACACGGCUGUUGCCAUGCCGAUGUUGUACAACACACGCUACAGCUCCAAGAAACGAGUCACGGUAAUGAUCUCGGUGGUUUGGGUGCUUUCGUUCACUAUUUCCUGCCCCCUGCUUUUUGGAUUAAAUAACACAGCUACACGGGAUGAGACCAUAUGUGAAAUAGCCAACCCUGCUUUUGUUGUCUACUCCUCCAUAAUGUCAUUCUACGUGCCCUUCAUCGUCACCCUUCUCGUGUACGUGCAGAUCUACGUGGUUCUUCGCAAGCGGCGAAAACGGGUCAACACUAAACGGAGCUGCCAGAAGACAGACUCAGAUGCUCAGCCCCCUCUCAAGGAAAAGUGCACUCAUCCUGAAGAUGUGAAACUGUGCACAGUUAUCAUUAAGACCAACGGGGGUUUACCUGCCAAAAACAAGAAAGCACAGCUGAUAAAGGAGGUCCUGCACCAAGGUGCUGAUGUUGGAGUGGACAUCGUGGCAGGCACCAGCCCUCCCGAGAAAAAGAAACUGGCAUCCACUCUGGUCGUCGACCUGCUGCCCAACCCAAGUCCAAUCCAUGCCUCUCCCGCCCAUGGUGAAUGCCAGUCAAAUGGAGAUGAGAAAAAUGGGCAUACCAAGGAGGUUCAGACCCCUAAAGAAGCCAAACCUGUUGAAACUCAGGCACUGCCCAAUGGCAAAACCCGAACUACAGUGACCAAAACCAUGAGCAAGAGGAAGAUUUCGCAGCAUAAAGAAAAGAAGGCUACUCAGAUGCUGGCUAUUGUUCUAGGUGUUUUCAUUAUUUGCUGGCUGCCCUUUUUUAUUACUCACAUUUUGAAAACUCACUGCACAAGCUGCGUGGUGCCACUGGAAAUGUACAAUGCCUUCACUUGGCUGGGAUAUGUAAACAGCGCCGUCAACCCCAUCAUAUAUACCACUUUCAAUGUGGAGUUCAGAAAGGCUUUCAUAAAGAUAUUGCACUGCUGAGGACAUUAUUCACUGCACGCAUAGAGGAGGUGGAGAUGGAGGUUUUCGAAAGAGGUUAGUGCCAUCUUUCAACGCCAUGUGAAAUGAGGGAUUUACAAAGCCAUGCUUUUAGGGCAGAGCAGAAGAACUCAUUACAGAAAAUGGAGGUUCAAAUGAAUGUCACCGUAGAAUUUUAUUUGCGAAUUUCCAUUAUUUCUGCCAGCGGAGUGCACAUGUGAACGUGUUUAUUCUCUUUGGCACUGGAGUGUAAAUGUGAUUAAUUGUAGAAUUGAAGUAAAUUUGAAAUGAUCAGUAAUUGGAUCUUGCCACAAAGACUUUUACACAAGCGGAGAUCUGAAUGUCGUAAUUACAUCAUUAUAUCAAUUUAGUGGCAAUUUAGUUUACAAAGUGCUUGCAGCUCUGUUUAUUCAAGUAAUUAUUUAAUCACCAAUCUAUUUAUUUGUCUGGGAACUUGUUAAUUAAGAGAUAGAUAUUGUAAAGGAAAAUACGUAAGGUGAAAAUGCCAUUCAUGGUUUUAUAAAGCCAGGACUCAAAGAUAUUAAAGGUGCACUCAGUAAUGUUUUGUUUCUCAGAUGUUUGGACUGUCAUUCUGACGGCAUCCAUUCACUGCAGAGGAUUCAUUGGUGAGCAAGUGAUAUAAUGCUAAACUUCUACAAAUCCGUUUCGGUGAACUAACAAACUUAUCUACAUUUUGGAUGGCCUGAGGGUUAAUAAAUGUUAAGCAAUUUUGGGGUUAACUAUUCCUUUAAGAAAAAGGUUUCAAUUAACAAUGCGUCUUGUAGAAAUGUGCUGUUUGUGGUCAUUUGUGUAUAAAUUAUUUCAUGAGCUAAUGAUAAUAGCCAAAAUAAACUAGUAUCUGUCUGGUCAUGUGAUCUCAGCAUGUCUGCCCAAUUAGGUACCCACUCGCUCCACACUUUUUAUCAGAGCAUACAGUAUAAUUUUUUUUUUAGUUAUUACUUUGUGUAAAAUGUUUUUAAGAACAAUACAACUAUUUAUUUUUUAAACAGAAUGCACCUUUAAGCAAACAGAAAUGAAUGCCUUUGACUUACCGACUAUGAAGGACAAUGUAAAUAGGAAUUAAAUAGUUUUAUUGAAGCCCAUGACAAAAAUUAUCAUGCAUGUUGCAUUUGUACUUUACUACACUGCAGCCAAUGUAUGUCUAUUGUGUGUGUGUGUGUGUGUGUGUGUGCGUGUGUGCGUGUGUACAUUACGAGUACACAAACUUAUCUGAGCUAUAUAAAGUUGUAUCUUUGUACUGAAGUAGGUGUUUUUAUUUGACGUGACAGAUCAUUUUUGUGGUUGAAAAAAAAGCACAAUUAAUUUGUGGGGGUGGUGCAAUUUCCCAUGUUAAUAACUGUGCUCCAUUUUAACAUGGCCAUAGAUAUCCACUGCUGGAUCAAAAUUCUGAAUAAUAAAAAUGUUGAAAUCAUCUUUUAUGAAAGAAAAAAAAAAGUUUCAGGACAGAGUGAAUUAUUAUAUAGUACAUGAUAAUGACCAUUAACUUUGUUGCUUGUGAAGGUAAUAAUUGCACUUUAAUUUAGUUUCUUUCUUUUUUUCUUUGUUGAGAAAAAUGUAAUUACUGGUGUGUUGUAUAAAAUUGUCUCUCUCAGUGAUCGUUUGAAAAGCAGUCAUGAGAAAGAAAAUGAUAUGGUUCAAAAAACAGACAUUGAUGUAAGUCAUCUUAAUGCUGAAUAGUGUAAUUUUUCAGUGUUAAAAUAGUUUAUGGCAUCACAGCUUAUGCAGACACAGCUUACACAAACUAUAAGUAAGCCAAUUAAUAUUUAUAAAUGGUGUGAAGCUAUAAAACAUCACCGACCAGCCAGACACAGCAACACUAGGUCAACAAUUAAGGCGAGUUUGGGGCAUAACUAUAUGUUUGUUUAGUUUUUUGUUGUUUGAAAUGUUCAUUAUUCUUGCAAUUCCAUUCAGUGACACUAAUAGCACAAAGAUUACACACUCCCUUACUUGCUUAUUAUUGCAGUUUAAUCAUCACUAAACAUGUAGAUCCUGUAGAAGACAUUUCAGUGAGAAUAAAAGCGUGCUUACAGUGAGGUGUUUUAUGUAACUAAUAUCAGACUCUCAAGCUGAAAUAUUUGGCACUGUUAGUGCAAAACCUAUUCAAUUAUUUAUUUACUUCACAGCAACCUUUUUGUCAUGAAGUGCUAUUGUCAUGAAGUUAAUCAAUGUGCCAUACAUACACAGGUCAUUUAAAUUUAAUAAAAAAAAGAAAAGAAAAUAUAUUUCAUAGCAUAUUAAUCACAAACUCAAACUUAUUUUAUGUGUAUAAUACAAAUAUUAGAGAUUCUUACAUAUUUCCGAAGCUCUUUUUUUUUCUCCAUGAAUGGGUUUUAAACUUAUGUGUGGAAUGUGAGGAUUCUGUAUACUGUAUUGGAAAUCUCCAAAAAUGAUAGCGAUAAUGUGUUUCGUUCCAAAAACUACUGCUCUAAAGUUUCUUUAUUCAAUUAACAAUAGGUGAAUAAAAGCACUGACAACUUUUAGCAAUUAAAGAAAGCUUUUAGGGCUUGAAACUAAACAUAUUUGAAAUUGUAUUCCACUAUUGUAAAUUGAAUAAAGAAGCAUAGAGUGCAGACCUUUUUUAUUUGGUUAUACUUGGGCUUUACACCAAAAAGCUGGGAGGCGGUAAGUUGUUUGUCAGAGCUGUGUGCUUCUUUUGAUUAGUGCAGGUUAAAAUCCUGCACUUUGAUAGUAUUUAUAACUCCUAACUUGGUUAUUUAUAACUGCAUUUCUUUCAUGAUGUGCAUUUGCGACCCAAGAAUCACAGUAUGUUGUUUUACUGCUUUACACUUCUUUGUUUUUAAUGACCCCUAUUUCCAAUCAGGAUUUAAUCAAUAGUUUUAUCAGUAUGUGCUCAUGCAAAUAUAAUGGAAUGUAAAUGCUGUACAGUUUUUAAUCAACUCCUGCUGUAUGUGUUUUUCAACAUGGUCUUUUCCUUGUACAUAAAGUCCUAUCAACUUGUUCGGCUUUGAAAAAAGAAAAACAUGCAAUGGAUACCUUUUACAUAGUAAGUA